AUGAGCUGCAAUGGUUGCCGAGUGCUGCGAAAGGGGUGCAGCGAGACAUGCGUAUUGAGGUCGUGUCUGCAUUGGAUCCCCACCCCUGAAGCCCAGGGUAACGCUACCCUGUUUCUAGCUAAGUUUUUUGGCCGCAGUGAUCUCAUCUCUCUCAUCUCCGCCGUUCCCGAGUCCCAACGCCCUGUUUUGUUUCAAUCGCUGUUAUUUGAGGCGUGCGGGAGAACAGUGAAUCCGGUGAACGGAGCGGUGGGGUUAUUGUGGAGCGGUAACUGGCACGUGUGUCAGGCGGCUGUGGAGUCAGUGCUUGCCGGUGAAACCUUACGGCCGUUACCUGGAAUUCUCACCGGAGUCUUAGCGCCGAAUUGUGAUGAAUCAUCGGACAGUUUCUCUGCGGCUGCGUACGCCGUGCAGAGCAUGACGUGGAAUCAAUCAAAACCGUUUGAUAAGGAGAAUAAUAAUCAAGUGGUGUCUGAUCAUCAUGUGAAUCUGUGUCUCGCUAGAGGAAGAGGUGGAAGAGAUAAGAGAGGAAGAGAUGCGGUGUCGUUUUAUACAGGAGGAGAAUCGGAGACCACAAGCUUUGAAAGCAGUGGAGCUGAUAAGAAUAAACUUUUGAACCUGUUUGUUUGAAUAAAUAAUAAAUUUAAGACACAGAGUAAAGGUUUUGCUGUAACCUCUUUUUUUCCUCUAUAAAUAUAAUGCCGGAAUUUUAGUCCGGUGCGUUUUUGGCUGGA